CCCCGGUACUGCCAACGCCUCCAAACGCGGGGACUUGGAUGUGCAGGGAUGCGAGUCUCAGCCAGCACGGAUUGUGCACGUUGUCCUUAUGGGCCGUCAUCGGCCCUGUCAUUCCGUCAUCUCCCUGUGGGCUUUCCAGGACCUUUUGGCCUCUGAGAGGUGGACCCUGGAACAGGGCUGUACCAGCCCUCCGAGCAGAACGUGUUGUUCAUGUCUCCAGGCAGGGUCUCACGGCCGAAGACCCCUCACUCUGCUGAGGGCAGGGCCCACUGCCUCCAGGAUGGCGAGAUGGCUGCCCCGCUCCACUGACCUGACCCGCUUCUGCCAGAAGCUCAACCGGGUGAAGACUCUGGAGGAUGACAUGAUGGAGACAUCCUUUAACAGAUGCCUUUCCACCAUCGACUUGACGCUACUAGGCAUUGGGGGCAUGGUGGGCUCCGGGCUGUAUGUCCUCACAGGCACAGUGGCCAAGGAGAUUGCUGGCCCCGCCGUCAUCAUCUCCUUCAUCAUCGCUGGCUUUGCCUCACUCCUGGCUGCUCUCUGCUAUGCUGAGUUUGGAGCCCGCGUGCCCAAGACAGGCUCUGCCUACAUGUUCACCUAUGUGUCCGUGGGUGAAAUCUGGGCUUUCCUCAUUGGCUGGAAUGUGUUGCUGGAGUACAUGAUCGGGGGCGCUGCGGUAGCCAGGGCCUGGAGUGGCUAUCUGGACUCCAUCUUUAACCACAAGAUCAAGAACUUCACCGAGACCCAUGUGGGUGCCUGGCAGGUGCCGUUCCUGGCCCACUAUCCAGACUUCCUGGCAGCUGCCAUCCUGCUGGUAGCCACUGCCUUCAUCUCCUUUGGGGCCAAAGUGUCCUCCUGGCUCAACCACGUCUUCUCAGCCAUCAGCAUGGGCGUCAUCCUCUUCAUCCUCAUUAUGGGCUUUGUCCUCGCACAACCCAAGAACUGGAGCACCCAGGAGGGUGGCUUUGCCCCAUAUGGGCUGUCGGGCAUCAUGGCUGGCACAGCUACCUGCUUUUACGCCUUUGUGGGCUUUGAUGUCAUUGCAGCCUCCAGCGAAGAGGCCAGGAACCCACAGAGGGCUGUCCCCAGGGCCAUCGCUUUCUCCUUGGGGCUGGCCACCGGCGCCUACAUCCUGGUGUCAGUUGUGCUGACGCUGAUGGUGCCCUGGCACACACUGGACCCUGACUCUGCCCUGGCUGAUGCGUUCUACAGGAGGGGCUACGCCUGGGCAGGGUUUCUGGUGGCUGCUGGCUCCAUCUGUGCAAUGAACACAGUUCUGUUGAGCAAUCUCUUCUCCCUGCCACGCAUCGUCUAUGCCAUGGCCGAGGAUGGGCUCUUCUUUCAGAUCUUCUCCAGAGUCCACCCCCGCACACAGGUGCCCGUCGUCGGCAUCGUGGUCUUCGGGCUGCUUAUGGCCCUGCUGGCCCUAGUCUUUGACCUAGAGGCCCUGGUGCAGUUCCUGUCCAUCGGCACACUGCUGGCCUACACCUUCGUGGCCGCCAGCAUCAUUGUCCUGCGCUUCCAGCAGCAGAAAGGGGAUGUCCCUGCACCAGUGCCCAGCAGCCGGCCCAACCCAGAGCCCCGUGAAGGCCCAUCCGGGGGUGAGCUGAAGGAGUACGAGUCCUUCUCUGACAAGCUGCAGCUGGUGGACGGGGACAAGAGCAAAGAGCAGCGGGAGCCAGGGCAGCUGAAGGCAGCAUUUGAGCCCUACCUGGAGUUCCUCAGCGACUUCUACCCAGGUGAGGUGGUCACGGUGGCCGUGGUGACCCUGAUGGUGUCUGCCAUCUGCCUCUGCUCCAUCUUAGUGUUUGGCAACACCCACCUCCACCUGCCCACCUGGAGCUACUCCUUGCUGCUGGUCCUCUUCAGUCUGGGCUUCCUGCUCAGCCUCCUCCUCAUCUGGGCACACGAGCAGCAGCACAGCACCCAGACCUUCCAGAUUCCCCUGGUACCCCUAUCCCCCGCACUGAGCAUCAUCCUCAACAUCUACCUGAUGCUGAAACUCAGCUACAUGACGUGGCUCCGCUUCGCCAUCUGGCUCCUAUUAGGCCUGCUCGUCUAUUUUGGCUAUGGCAUUUGGCACAGCAAGGAGAACCUGCGGGAACCACGGCCCCAGUGUGUCAGCGCCCGCUACGUGGUGUUCCCUGGUGGCAGCCUGGAGGAGAGGGUGCAGGCAGUCCAGCCCAGCUCCCAGCCUGCCACCGGGCUGCCAGACACCGACACCGAUGACUGCAAGAGAUGACACCCCUGGCAACGGGGGCACCUGGAGAUGGGAGCAUCGGAAUCUCCUUCCGCAGUGAGGCCGGAGACCCAUCCCCCUCCUCCUGGUCCCUCUGACAGCAGAGCCACUGAGGCUGCUCUGGGCGUGGGGCUCCACCUGGAGAGGAUGAGGAUGCUCACCCUUCCCCGCAUGCUUCUGACAGAGUGUGGAAGCGCCUGCUGCCUCCCUCCCCAUCCCCUGCACUCGGGAGCUGGGUCGCAGCCUGGUGCCUGCCCUGCUCAUGAGGAGCCAUGGCCUUGUCACCUCUCCCUGGGCACAUCCUGCACUGUGCAGCACAUCUCCUGUCUGCCAGCACAUCCGUGCAGCCGGGAAUGCAGACGUUCCCCAGGGACCAGGACAGG